CUAAGCGAGCUUCGUGGUACAGGGCCCAGGUUAACCACGUCAACCAGGAUAACCCCACCAGCCAGGUGAACCCCAUUGAGUCGGGGGUUUGGUUUUCGAGGAUUCUGAUAUCGAGUCUCUUGUGAGAGAAUUAGCAAUGGAAGGAGAAUUAGCAUGGAGCUAGCCCUCUGUUGUCCUCGUUAAGACCACCUCUCUGGUAUCUCUCUGGUCUGUUUCUCUCUCUCUCUCUCUCUCUCCGGUCUGUCUCUCGCUCUCUCUCCGGUCUGUCUCCCCCGUCUCUCUCUCUCUUGUCUGUCUCUGUAUCUCUCUCCGGUCCCUCUCUCUGGUAUCCUUCUCCGGUCUGUCUCUUUCUCCAGUCUGUCUCGCUCCCCCCUCUCUCUCUGGUAUCUCUCCCGUCUCCCCAGUUUGGCAAUACGGAAAAUGACUUCAGCCUCAACAAAAGUGGGGGAGAUCUUCUCAGCUGCCGGCGCUGCCUUCACCAAGCUAGGGGAGCUCACCAUGCAGCUGCACCCGGUCGCAGACGCCAGUCCUGCAAGCGCUCCGGUCAAAACCACGGUGAAGAGGAAGGCUCACGGAGACGGGCCGGUGUUCAGCGACGGCAGCAGGAAGGCUGUGAAGAAGGCCAUCCCCGGGGGGCCCCCCCAGACCGGUCUGUCGGCGCUCCGGGACCCCCCCUCCGCCCAGCCCAGCGUGAAGAAACAGAAGACGGCCGACGUCACCCUCAGUGCGCUGAACGACUCGGACGUGACCAGUGACCUGGUGGACCUGGAGGGGCCCGGACGGGGCCCCGGCCCCAAGAAACUCAACAACUUUGAUCAAGAUAAUCUGAACUUGGACUCCAGCCUCAUCAUGAGCUCCACUCACCUCCCGUUGCUGUCCCGCUGACCCCCAGGGGCCAAGGAGGGGCCGACCGGGCCCUGUGGGCCCUCUCCUAUAGACCGGGCCCUGUGGGCCCUCUCCUAUAGACCGGGCCCUGUGGGCCCUCUCCUAUAGACUGGGGGAGGUGGCCCUGUCCUAUAGACUGGGGGAGGUGGCCCUGUCCUAUACACCAGCCCUGUGUCUCUGUGGACCUGCAGACUGCCUCCUUGUCUCUCCUCUUCGUAUGGCAGCUCUGUGACUGUGGAACCAUGUGAAGUGCUGCACUUGUUCCUACUGAGAACUUUGUCGCUUUCAGUUUCAAUAGAGAACUUGUCUAACGUCAAGAUCAAGGGAGGCCUGAAUUAAUCACAAUAGAUUUCAAUAUGUUUAUUAAGUCAAUUAUAGAUUUUUCCUUUGAAAUCGCAAUGAAACUAAUGCAUAAUUGAAAAAUAAAAAUGCAAUAUUUGGCCUAAGAAAUGUCAGGAAUUGUGUUAAUGG